CGUCAAUUGCAUGUAGUUCCGUGCAGCGUGCUCGGGAAUCUCCAAUCACUUAUAAACCGGGCGUCUCAUUUCGCCGAGCUUGAUGCUUCCACUCUCACGAAUCGGCGAGAACGCACAACGCACGGUUUGUUACUUGAUGCACUGACGUGCCUUGGUGACGACACCCCGCGGAUGUGAAUCAAGGGACACGACACGUCGGACAGCGAUGUGCGGACGGUAUGCCCUGGCUUUGAGACCGGGCCAGAUCCGACAGCGCCUUGAGGACGACAACAUGCCCGUGUAUCAGGGCAUUGACGACGACAACGACAGUACUGAUGCGCCCGGGGCGCCGCGGCAGAGCUACAACUUCGCUCCCGGGUACCACGGGGUCGUAUAUCGCGCCGAGGUGCCCGACUGGGGCGCUGGACCGCAGCGCCGUGGUGGACGAGGAGGUCGUGAUGGUGGUGGUGAAGACGGCCACGACGAUGAUGGUGAGCCCCGUGACAGCGAGCACCAGCAGCACGACCCCUCGGCUGUCAACGAAGACAACAGCAGCCACGACGGCGGCGGCGACAAGGAGGUCAGGUACAAGAUGCAGUCGAUGAAAUGGGGCCUCGUGCCGUUCUGGACGAAGCGCAACCCGGACUACGGGUCGAUGCUCAAGACGAUCAACUGCCGCGACGACUCGCUCGCGCAGGCCGGCGGCAUGUGGGCGACCAUGAAGGCGCGGAAGCGGUGCAUCGUCAUCGCCCAGGGUUUCUACGAGUGGCUCAAGAAGGAAGGCGUCAAGGACAAGAUCCCGCACUACAUUCGGCGCAAGGACGGCAAGCUGAUGUGCAUGGCAGGGUUGUGGGAUAUGGUCCAGUAUGAAGACGACGACUACAAGCACUACACCUACACCAUCAUCACGACCGACUCCAACAAGCAGCUGGGCUUCCUGCACGACCGGAUGCCCGUGAUCCUCGAGAACGGGUCCGACGAGGUGCGCACGUGGCUCGACCCGGCGCGGCACGAGUGGUCGGCGGAGCUGCAGUCGCUGCUGCGCCCCUGGAAGGGCGAGCUCGAAAUCUACCCCGUGAGCAAGGACGUGGGCAAGGUGGGCAACAACUCGCCGACCUUCAUAAUCCCGAUUGACAGCAAGGAGAACAAGAACAACAUUGCCAACUUCUUCACGAGCAAAGCUGCUGCUGCUGCUGCUGGGGGUGGGGGCCAGAAGCAGAAGCAGAAGCAGGCGAUGGAGAAUAAUAAGGAAUCGGACACUGCUAGAGGCAAGGAGAAGAUGGCCAAAGCCGAGGAGGGCAGGCAGGGCGGUGUGGCUCCUGGAAAGUCUAAGCCGGGCGAGGAGAGACAGCCAGAGAUAGAAAUGACGCAGGACAAGGGCUUCAUUGCCAAGGAUGAGGAUGAGGACGAGGACAACGACUCCCAGGCAGCAGCAGCAGCAACGCCCAUCAAACAGGAGGCAUCGUCACAGUCCAACAUCCCCCCCACAACAACAACAACGGCAACAUCACUGAAACGACCAGCACCAAACGACGAACACGAUGAGCCGCCGCCGCCGGCACUGAAGAAGGAGAAACUCGAGCUCGAAGAAACAUCUCCCUCCCGCAUGAUGACGAUGAUGACGACGAGAAGCAGCGGCGGCAGUAAGAAGCCCAUGCCCUCGCCCUCGCCGCGCAAACACACCACCACCACCACCGCCUCGGCCCCAGGAAAGAGCGCCGCAGGGAGACCCAAGAUCAGCGCGACGAGCAACGGGACCAAGGCCCCGCCCGUGAAGGGAAAGAAUGGGAAGAACCAGGGGGCGCAGAAGAUAACAAAGUUCUUUGGGAAUAGUGCUUAGUGUCGAGACCCCCCAUGUCUUUGGCGUCUUGCGUGUUGGAAAGGAUGGCAUUUGUAGAAAUAGGUGCCCCGAAUAGCACGUGCAGAAUUUUUUUAAUUUUUUCAAGUAAAAAAAGAAAAAAAAAGAAGAAGGGACAAGGGACAACGAAAGUGGACGGAGAGUCAAGAUGACCAAGAGACAUUAAAUCUGGCUAAUGAGAUAUCUCAUGCACUGUGAAGGGUAUCUGCCGCCCGGUCUGGUCUGGUCUGGUCAGGUCAGGCGUGCACUUUGACCUCAGGAC